AUGGGAGAACAGCGCCGGCGGACUGGGACUUUCGGGAGUCUCGCGACCAAAUCCCGGGUCACCAAGGAGACCAAGCUCCGGCUGCGCGUCAUCUUCCUGGAUGACAGCGAGCGCACGUUCGAGGUGGAGCCCAAAGUUUUAGGAGGUGACUUCUUCAACAAAGUGUGCGGUCAUCUGAAACUGCUGGAGAAAGAAUACUUUGGCCUGGAGUUCAGACACCACAGUGGAAAUUAUGUUUGGUUAGAACUGCUGAAGCCGCUAGUUAAACAGAUUACAUACACCAAUGAUUUAUUCUUCAGGUUUAUAGUCAAAUUCUUCCCACCAGAUCCUGGACAACUAAAGAAAAGCCUCACCAGGUAUCUUUUUGCCUUACAGAUAAAGCAGGAUUUGGCCAAUGGCAGUCUGACGUGUAACGACAACAGCGCCGCCCUGCUGGUCUCACACAUACUGCAAUCAGAGAUAGGGGAUUAUGAUGAAGACUUGGACUGUCAACAUUUGGAGAUGAAGCACUAUGUCCCCAACCAGGAGUAUCUGGACCACAAGAUCAUCAAGUUUCAUAAGAAACACAGAGGAGUCUCUCCGGCUGACUCUGAUGUCCACCUGCUGGAAGUGGCAAGGAAGCUGGAAAUGUACGGCAUCAGGCCUCACCCUGCCCACGAUGGGGAGGGAAUGAGGAUUAACCUGGCGGUCACACACUCUGGAGUGCUUGUCUUUCAGGGAAACACCAAAAUCAACACAUUUAGCUGGGCAAAGAUUCGCAAGCUAAGCUUCAAACGCAAGCAUUUCCUUAUCAAACUACACGACCAAGUUGGGCCUUCGUGUAAGGACACUCUGGAGUUUGCCAUGGCCAGUCGUGAUGUGUGUAAAUCGUUCUGGAAGACGUGUGUGGAGUACCACGCUUUCUUUAGGCUGGCUGAGGAGCCCAAGGCCAUACAUAAAUCUCUGCUGUCCUGUAAGGGCUCCAGGUUCAGAUACAGUGGGAGAACCCAGAAACAGCUCCUAGAGUGCAUGGGAUCAGGAGAGAAGAAGCCUCUGCCCUUUGAAAGGAGCCACUGUCACUCAGACUAUGAUCCCAGACAGUGUCGAUCUUCUCCUGAUCUUCUCACUGAUGUUUCCAAAGAGAUGUAUGAACAGUCUUACCCAUUCCACCAACUGCCUCGGCAAAGUCGCGCUCUGGCGGUUUACAGUCAGGAUGAGAUGGACCCUCAACACAGAGGCAUCAACAACAUUGAAAUCAGUGGAGGAGUCGCCAAACGCAGCCUAUCGUCUGUUGAGGUCAGCCACCGGCCAUACCCAUGUCAAGUCACCCCCCUAUACCCAUCUCUCUACCAGUCAACCCCCUCGCCAAAGAUGCGGUCCGCCUCCACCUCUUUGAUGGAGGACGAGAGAGGGCCUCGGAAUGGAGGGCAAAGGCAGGCUCAGAGGCUGGCAGGUGUCUACGGCAACCGGUCCCGGCGUCGGCCAAACCCCCAACCACACCCCGACGCUGUGCAGCAGCUGGUCCUCCUCUACCCCAACACCCCUGCGUACCAGUACCACCCCGUCCUGCCCUCGUUCCCACUAUCCGGGUCCACUCCACUCAACCGACAGCCCUAUUUGUCCGACUACGUCGCCUUCUCCUCACUGGAGCGUUUCCCGCACGCAAGGAGACAGGAGUAUAUGCCGGUGGAGCGCGUCCCACGGCCUGCUUUUUACCCCUUACGAAGCGACCUGCCACCUCUUUCGCCGAUGAGGAGGAACAUUCGGCCGUCUGGCUCAGGGGCGCUGGGACUGACCAGGGCCUACCCACCAGGAGGCAACGGGUCCAGGCUUCUGGGAGGUGGACACACUGAGGCGGGGCACUACAGUGAUGACUGUACCUUCCUGCCGGGGCUGCCUCGCCGCGUGGCGAGCCAGCCCGAUGUCAAGUUCCAUCUUUCCAGGAGGGCGAAUCCCGCCUUUAACCCUGCCUCGGAAUUCCGACCACUUGGUUACUACCCUCACCUUACACGUCCCUCCAGGCCCACCUAUCUCCCACUCAACUCCUCCCCUCUGCCCGAACGGCCCACGUCAGUGUGCAUGAUUGGUGGCACCACGGGAAGCUACAGCGACUCUGAUCCAGAGGUUUUCUACCCCUAUUACUGCCCGCCCCCUCAGCUGGGAAGGGUUGUACGGUCGGCCGGACUAGCCAGGAUGAGGUUUUCCUCUGGAAGCCUUCAACUGGAUGAGGAGGAAGAGGGGGAGGAAGAGGAAAAGGUGGCUGGGGCAGCUAAAGAGACUUCAACAACACAUUUAAUGGAUAACCGGGGAAAAAAAGAAUCAAGUGGAGCGGGCACAAAAGGGGAGAAAAAGAUUACUCAAGUCACACUGUAG